CCACGCUCCGCCUUUGGUUGCCUUGCCUAUUUAACACACGUUGGGUCGCCCGCAUGCUCAACCCAAGCUAAGCCGGUGCCCGCCCCUUCCAUCCAUCCAUCCAUGGGAACCAUGGAGGAGAAGCCGGCCCUUGGCUUGGGGAGCCUCGUGAGCAGCCUGCGAGUGGUGUACAAGAGCGGCAGGACCAAGGACCUCUCAUGGAGGCGGUCGCAGCUCAACGGGCUCAUCAGGCUCCUGACGGAGAAGGAGGAGGAGAUCUUCGACGCGCUCCACGACGACCUCGGCAAGCACCGGACUGAAUCCUUCAGAGACGAGGUUGGUGUUGUCGUCAAGUCCAUCAAGCACACGCUGCAAAACCUCGAGAAAUGGGCGGCCCCUGAGAAGGCUCCUACGCCGUUGGUUUCCUUUCCGGCGACGGCGCUGGUGCUGCCGGAGCCGCUCGGGGUCGUGCUCAUUUUCUCCUGCUGGAAUCUCCCAUUAGGCUUAGCUCUGGAGCCGCUCUCCGGUGCCUUAGCGGCUGGCAACGCCGUGGUUUUGAAACCGUCCGAGCUCGCGCCGGCCACCGCAGCAUUUCUCGCUGCCAACAUACCGAGAUACCUUGACGCCGAGGCUGUGAAGGUCGUCUUGGGUGCAGCGGAAAUUGGACAAGAGCUAAUGGAGCACCGAUGGGACAAAGUCCUCUUCACCGGGGGUGCCCGUGUAGGUCGCAUUAUCAUGACAAAAGCUGCAAAGUACUUGACCCCAGUGGCGCUUGAGCUUGGCUCGAAAUGCCCGUGCAUUGUAGAUUGGCUGGACAGCAAAAGAGACAGUCAGGUUGCCGUAAAUCGCAUAAUAGGCGCGAAAUGGUCCACUUGCGCCGGUCAAGCUUGCAUAGCCAUCGAUUACAUACUUGUGGAGGAACAGUUUGCGCCGAUUCUGAUUGAGCUGCUGAAAUCAACACUGGAGAGACUCUUCACGAAACCAGAGGACAUGGCGCGCAUUCUGAACGAGAGACAGUUCAAUAGGUUAUGUGGCCUCCUGGAGGAUCACAAGGUGAGCCGUUCCAUUGUGCAUGGUGGGGACGUGGACCCAAAGACCUUGAGCAUCGAGCCCACCAUCCUGCUGAAUCCACCACUCGACUCUGAUGUCAUGACAGAGGAGAUUUUUGGCCCUCUCCUCCCGAUCAUCACGGUGAAGAAGAUCGAGGACAGCAUCGAGUUCGUGAGCUCCAGGCCCAAGCCGCUCGCGAUCUACGCCUUCACCACGAGCGAGGCGCUGAAGCAGCGGAUCGUCAGGGAGACAUCGUCCGGGAGCGUCACCUUCAACGACGCGAUCGUGCAGUACGGGCUGGAGAGCAUCCCGUUCGGCGGCGUCGGGCAGAGCGGGUUCGGGCAGUACCACGGCAAGUACUCCUUCGAGAUGUUCAGCCACAAGAAGGCGGUGUUCAGGCGAAGCUUCCUGUUGGAGUUCAUGUUCAGGUACCCGCCGUGGAACGACGACAGCAAGCUCGCGUUGCUGCGGCACGUCUUCCGCUACGACUACGUGUCGCUGUUCCUCGCGCUGCUCGGCCUGAGGAGGUGAACGGGGCGGGAGGAGGAAGACGCUGCCGGCGAAGCUGGAGAAUCUGCACUCGCCGUUGCGUGUAGCCAGUCAUGCUCGAUGGUUAUCCCGUGGUUUACACGGUUGAUGAUGAAUGUGUGUUGUCGCCCUAGGUAUAUACUUAAGCAUCUGAACUACCGCGUCCCCUUCUAAAAAUGUCUGAACCAUGGUGCAACCCUAUCAGUAUAUUGCGCCAACAGUUCCAUGGUCUAAUAUAUUCAAGUUGUUGUA